CGAUAAUGACAAUGAAUUCAGCGUUUUGCACGCGCUUGUACCAAGCGGACAGUCCUUGCUUACCGGUCGUCGCGACAUAUCGGAGGUAAUGGGUCACCGCAGGGUGAUAGACUAGGGCGUCUGCGACCAUGUUUGCCGUGCGGGAUAUCCGAGACCCGCAGUAACGAAAUCAGACCGGAGAAGCAGAGAGGCUGUGCGGAAUGAAAUGCACUGCAGUGGCGCAAAGGAGAGUCGAAAAGGAGAUGAAUUAGAUGGCGUGGUGAGAUGAGACGCGAAACAGCUUUGUAUUAUUCGCAAUUCUGGCCAGAGCCGGACACAAGCCCGUGAAGUCUGUCGCCGAGUCGUAAUUUGGGGAAGCGAAGAUGUCGGGGGCCUCUCCAGCCAACUUUGGCGAGGGCUGAGCGGCCGCUUGACGCAUUCAGGAAACAAACUCCUGCGCAUGUGCUGCAUUGCCUCGGUAUUUUCCUGCGCAGUAGCCGUGAGGUCACGAGAUAUCGCCUGCAUCAGCCACUGCACUGCACAUGAUUCCAAAGGCAGCCAUUUCCUUAGUCAGCAGCUGAAAAAUCACGUGAGGGAACGCGUCACGUGCGCCCUCAUUGCGCCCUCAUUGCGCCCUCAUUGCUGCUGACUCAGGGCCCUGAAAUCUGGGCCGCAGCCUUUGCCGAAACGUCGGAGCCUCGCGCGGGGGAUGAUGCCAUCGCACCCAUGGCCCUGAUUGGCCAUCCCUCAACAUGGGGAAGUUGUACCUAGGUACAGGAUUAGUAGGGAUUGAGAGCGGGUGUCCAGGAGUUGUCCCGUGGAUCCUAGCUAAAAGAUCUCCGUCUUCUAAAUUUCUGCAUGAGAAGACGGCGACCCCGUUCGUUGUCACAUCUGAAAAGUGUCAUUCCCACUGCCUCACACGCCGUCGCAAUAACCUGGCACUCCGCCGCCCAAACGCCGGGCUGAGCCAGCAGGCAUCGAAGGUACGGUAGCUAGGAGAAGCCCAAACCUGGGGAAAAGAAAAGAAAUCCUGCCAUCAUGCCUACCAAGUCACCGUUUCCGGACAUCCAAAUCCCGAACGUCGACCUAUGGGGUCUGAUGUUUGAGGAGCCUCGAGACUUUGCCAAUUCACAAGUAAUCUACCGAACAGUAGACUCGUCACGACACUACACAUGGCAACAAGUCAAAGAAGCAGCAAAGGGAUUCGGAGAAGGGCUCCGCAACCUAUGGGACUGGCAGAAAGGAGAUGUGCUCAACAUCUUCGCCAGCAACGACGUCGACUACGGCGCCAUUGUAUACGGGACAUUCUACGCCGGAGGAAUAGUCUCGCCCGCCAACCCAGGCUACUCCGCGGAAGAGCUAUCAUUCCAACUGUCGAACUCGGGAUCCAAAGCGAUUGUAACAACAAUUGAAUCUCUCCCCAUAGCAUGCAAAGCAGCGCGACAAUGCAACAUCCCCGAAGAGCGCAUCAUAUUGCUCGGGGCCGGACGGGACCCAACGCACCGAUUCAAACACUGGACCAGCAUCCGCAAAACAAGCGGAUCAACGCGCUACCUACGCCGCAAAAUGGAUCCGGACAAAGACCUUGCUUUUCUAGUCUACAGUUCCGGAACAACAGGUCUACCCAAGGGCGUCAUGCUAAGCCACCGCAACGUGGUAUCUGAUCUCCUCAUGAUCCGGGGCGCUGUGGGCGGCAAAUGGUAUUCUAGCGGCCAGGACAAAAUCCUCGGUGUAUUGCCAUUCUUCCACAUUUACGGACUUGUCGGACUGGUCCAACAGUCGCUACAUCGGGGAAUUGAGAUGGUGGUCAUGCCAGCGUUUGACUUGAAAGUGUUUUUGCAGGCCAUCCAGGACCAUAAAAUCACUUUUAUUUAUGUCGCGCCGCCCAUCAUUGUCCGUCUCGCCCGCGACAAGGUCGUUGACAACUAUGAUUUGAGCUCUAUUCGCAUGAUCACUAGUGGUGCUGCACCGUUGACUCGCGAGCUGGUCGAUGCCGUCCAUAAGAGGUUGGGGAUCAAAAUUAAUCAGGCUUAUGGGUUGAGUGAGACUAGUCCCAUGACGCAUACUCAGCCCUGGGACGAAUGGUACACCUCAGUAGGCAGCGUGGGCAAAAUGUUCCCCAACAUAACAGCCAAAUACAUGUCUCCCGACGGCAAAGAACUGGGACCAGGAGAGACCGGCGAACUCUACCUGUCCGGCCCCAACGUUUUCAAGGGCUACUGGAAGAACGAGGUCGCGACCAAAGAAGCCAUCACCGACGACGGAUACUUCAAGACCGGCGAUGUCGGGUAUCAGGACGAAAACCACAAUUUUUAUAUUACGGACCGGGUCAAGGAACUUAUAAAAUACAAAGGGUUCCAAGUCGCUCCCGCAGAGUUGGAGGGAAAACUGUUGGAUCACCCGGCUAUCAAUGAUGUCGCUGUCAUUGGUGUUUAUGAUGAGGUGCAGCAUACUGAGGUGCCUAGGGCGUAUGUGGUGACUGCCACUGCCACUACGAGUGGUAGUGGUAGUGGUGCGGAUUCUCUAGCAGACGAGAUCGUCAAUUGGCUAUCCGGCAAAGUCGCCAACCACAAGAAAUUAAGAGGAGGAGUCCGGUUCGUCGAUGAAAUCCCCAAAAGUGCCGCUGGCAAGAUCUUGAGGAGGGUGUUGAAAGAUAAAGCGAAGCAAGAAGAUGCGGCCAAGGGUGGGAAAGCGAAGUUGUGAGAAAGACACAAACAAAAAGUCACUUGGAUCAUCACACGACUUGCGACCAUGCACGUCCAUCUUGUUCAGUCUGUCUAGUGUAUACUUGGAUAUAUGUGUUAGCCGUCUGGUGGCUGCAGAUUUGGUUAGGCUGUACAUCUACAUAUAUGAUAUACUACUGUAUCUGUAUAUGCUCCUAUCUAUGCCCGUGUAUAUGUUACAGCUACACCUAGGUACGUAUAUUUAUUUGGGUUGACGGUG